ACUUUUAGAAUUGGUCCACGUGUCCAAAUGUGAAAUUGUAUAUAUAUAUAUCUAAAAGUAUUUAUAAGCGUGAUUCGCGUAUCCUAUAAAAUGCGAUUUGAUAAUGCAUUAUGAGUAUUUAUGUGCAUCCCGAUAAGCGGUUAUUGUCGGGGUCGGUAGGUCUCAAUUAUCGGCCUGAUUUGUCGAUGUUACAAAACAGUUGCCGGAAAGUCUUCACAGACUCAGACACAAGCUCCAAAAGAAAUGGCAACGAAGAGAGAGUUCAUCUACACGACACUCGUGUUUCUACUAACAGCAACAUGCUUGGCUCCUCUCAUUUUCUUCAUUUAUCUAGCUAUUCAGGUAGUUCGGUAUUUUUGGUACAGUUUCGUCUGCUUCAUGCAUCCGGAAGUACAAGUUAUCAAGGAAACUUCGUUAAGAUCGUUGGUGGACACGCAGAGGAAUCAAGGGAUCAUAGCUGUCCUGCAAACGAUCAAAGGAGAGCCAAAUUAUGAAGCUGUCAAACGACAUUUAGAGAAUCUGAUCGAACGUACGGAUAAAUUCGGAAACUUGGUUUUUCCGAACUUGAGACAAUGCUUGGUGAAGAAGUACGGACUGCACGCUUGGCAGGAAUGCCAAUUCCAGUUGGACCAGCAUUUAAUCAUAGCUCCAAAUACCUUUAGGGGCCGCAUAUUGUCUAAUUAUAAUAUACAAGAAUGCGUUAGCGAAACCGUUUCCAAAUACAUUCCCGUAGGAAUCUCACCAUGGCAAUUGGUGAUUAUUCCAUCAACUGCCCAUCAGCAUUACAUCCUACUCAAAAUCCACCAUAUGCUUCUUACGGACACUCUGGGAGUUGCAGAAAUGUUCCCACUUUCGCCAGUAACAAGAACGAAUAUACUACCUUCAAAAUCUAUAUUGAGAAAUGUGUUUAAAACACCCGAAUACAUUUCGACUUUGAUGGAACGUCUUCUGGAAGAUUUCAACAAUCUUUGGAAUGAGUUCAUCGCUACUUACGAUCCUCUGGAGAGACCUGAAUUAACUAAAUCUACUCCGAAUUUAGUUUACUUCACGGCUGCAACAGCGAUUUCAAUGGUUUCAGCAUGGAAAGAGUUCAAGAAAAAUUAUAAGAUUAUAAAAAGCGAUUUAAUAUCACAACUGCGAUUCUUAUAUUACCUAAUCAAAAAGGAAUUCGCAAGAAGAUCUAUAGGGGCUUACUAUUUGUUAAAGAGCGUUUACGAAACGUUCCAUCCGCGCACUAUAUUAGCUUUAGCGAUGAAAUUCAGUUGGAGGUUCUUCUUGGCUUUUACAAUUAGGAUUCCUAAACGCUUUUACGAUGAACUUAGAGCACUCCACUCCUGCUUGACUUUACAAUACUGCGGUUAUCCCAAUACAACCGUUGGGUUCAUUUACAAUUACGUCCCGCUGUUUUACCACUCUUUGAAGGAGGCAUUAUAUUAUUUGAGUUUUGUAGUGCAGACGCCGAAAAACGUUUACGAAGAACUGACCAGUUCUAAGGAUUCUAUCGAAACUGUGACGCUGUGUGGAAGAAAGAUGGUUUCAUGGUCUGAUCCGGUUGACAGUGAUUUCAUUUCGAAGUUGGCUCAAAAGCUUGGUGUUAGUGAAACGGAAAUUCUACUUACUUUGAUGAGUGUCGGAAUCGCUAGAUAUCUGAAGCAAGUCAAGGAUUUAUCGCCGAAAACGAUUUCGGUGACGGCGAGGAACAUACAUUCCGAUUACAUUUUCUGCCCAGGAAGAAAAUGCGAAACUAUUGGUGGUGUCAUGUGCAUUGAUCUCCCUAUACCUGUUAAUAGUAAUAAAGGAGAUAUCCUGGAUCAUCUUGCUGUGAUCAGGAAGAACGUGCAGAGAUCAUUGGAUACUCAGAAAGUCACGUACCUUUUGAGCAUAUUGCAGACCAGGUACGCAACGAUUUCUAAGCUUUUACCGUCGACUCUUGUUGGAGUUUUCUUGAGAGGCCUUUCUUUGAAAUACUCAGUCUCUUUCACGGAACUCACGGCUACUCAACCCAAUAUUAGUCAGAAAACCAACUGGGGACAGGAAAUUAUUUCUUCUAUAUAUUGGACACCUCCACAAGCAAAUAUAAGUAUCUCUCUUUGCGUCAAUCAGUUUGGCAAUCAAACUGUUCUUGGAGUUAUGUGUGACGCUCAAAUCGCUCCACAUCAUCCGGCUUUGGCUAGAGGAUUUCCUAAAGAUUUAUCAGAGUUAGCCAAUGUUGCAGGUCUACAGAUGUAAAAUGUCGCCAAUUUACUUCAAUUCUUACUUUCAAUGAGAGAUCGUGUAAAGAGAUAUUUAUGUGUCAUGUAUGUUGAUGUAUAUUUCUUGUAUUGAUUUUGUCCCACACCCUUGAAUAUGAAAUGCUAAAAUCUAAAAAUAAAAGCAGAAAAUCUAUAAAGCUGCUGUCCACAAUUCUCAUGAAAUGAUUACGUUCACAAAAAUAUAAAUCCUCCAACUGAAACUACAAUAAG